CUAACCGCAGUGACAGGAAGUGCUCCUCUUGCAACAUCUCUGCUCUGCCACGUCUCUGCAGCUGCAGUCGGGACUCGGCACUCGGGAUGGGCCGUGGGGGAUGAGUGGGAGUGACGGAGGAAAUGCCGAGGAAAUAUUAGGAACCUCAACACAGAGUAAUGUUCGCCUAAGCAGCCCCGGCUUCCAUGUCUUAAAAGGAACUACGAGCAUCUCGUCGAAAUCUCCAUUGUUUGGAACGUGCUCUUCACUCAUGCUAAGCUCAGGCACAAUGGACGAAUUCGUCACCGAGGAGGAAGAGCCUUGGUACGACCAACGGGACCUCGAGCAGGACCUUCACCUGGCUGCAGAGUUGGGAAAGACGUUGCUGGAGAGGAACAAGGAGCUGGAGGACUCCCUUCAGCAGAUGUACAUAACCAAUGAAGAGCAAGUGCAAGAAAUUGAGUACCUGUCAAAACAGCUUGAAGUCCUUCGGGACAUGAAUGAACAGCACGCCAAAGUGUAUGAGCAGCUCGACGGUACUGCGAGAGAGCUUGAACACACCAACCAAACACUCGUGAUGGACAGCAAGGUCUCACAGCAAAAGAUAGAAAGUUUAACAGGGACCAUCGAGGCUUUGCAGAAUCAGGUGGAAUCCCUAUCGGGAAAGGUGGAACAGUUGCGCUCGGUGGAACAACUGAGAGUCAAGAGGGAGAAGAGGGAACGGCGCAAGACUAUCCACUCCUUCCCUUGUCUGAAGGAACUUUGCACAGCACCCAGGUACGAGGAUGAGUUUGUUGUGGGCCGGGCUGAAAGCUUCACCUCGGAACCUAAGCGUCAGCCGUUCGAAGACGAAAACCAGCACCUGAGAGAGGCGGUGUCAGCUCUAAGAGCGGCCAUCCGGACGGAGCGGGGACGCCGAGAGGGCGUGGAGAAGGAAUGCAACCUUCUGCUUGCGGACUUUUCACGUUUGCAAACACGUGUGCAGGAUGCUGAGAAUUGCCAAGCAAGGGUACAGGAGUUGGAAGUGGAGCUACGGGAGCUCCAACAGCUCCGCCGCACCCGAACGUUCCUUCUCGGGAACGAGGAUGACGGCGUCACCCUGACCCAAACCGUCCUCAAUAGCACCCCGGAGACUGACACCUUCCUAGAAGAGGUCGGUGAAACAGGAGGAGGAGUAAGAGAGAAGGCGGAGGGCGGCCCCGGCGUGGACGGCGAAGCCCUGCCCGAGUCGAACCCCGUGAGGAAAAGCUGUAGCGACACCGCACUCAACGCCAUCGUCGCUCGGGACGCUUCGGGCCACAGGAGGGGGAGCUACGCGCUUCACGCCAACAGCGUGAGGAAGAGAGGGAUGUCCAUCCUCAGAGAGGUGGACGAGCAAUACCACGCUUUACUGGAAAAAUAUGAGGAGCUUCUAGGAAAGUGCAGGCGCCACGAGGAAAGCCUUUGCCACACCGGGGUCCAGACGUCCCGACCCGUCUCCCGGGAUCCUUCCAUGAAAGACUGCGCCAUGGGGCAAGCGCCCCCGCCCACCCCUACUCAGUCGCCGUCCACGCCGGAAGCCAUCGAGAUGAUCGGCAAGCAAGUGGAGGCGGUGGAUAAGCGUCUGGGACAAAACGCUCCGGAGUACAAGGCUCUCUUCAAGGAGAUCUUUUCUCGUAUCCAGAAGACCAAAAUGGAUAUUAAAGCUACCAAGUCUGCAAAAUCUAGUAAAUCCAGCAAAUCAGGCAAAUCUAGUAAAUAGUGACAUGUCGAGAUCUAAAGCAGGGGUGUCAAACUCGCUGUGGUUCACAUAAGAUCUCAGGACCGUUAACUCAUUAGCUACUAUUGACGGCGCUAGAUGUCCAAUUCAUUUGGACCUGGAGGGGGGAAUGAAUAAAAUGUCUAGCGCCGUCAAUAGCACUGAAAUAUUAGCAUUUAUAGCCAGUCCUUCCAAUCUAAGUGAAUUGGAUGUCUAUUGUUGUCCAAGGAAGCCAAAGAGUUAAUUUUGGGUCACUUACUUGUCAUUUUAGGGUACUUACACUUCACUUCCUGUGAAGUUUUCCUUCCAUCAGAGGAAAAUUUAUAUAAAAAUGAUGUUAAUGAUUUGUGCUACGUUUGUGCUAUCGUUUUUGAGAAGCUAACAAUUCUUUUAUAGGUCAAUCUGAGGUUAACCAGCCACCCAUUUGGAUUAAAAUCAGCUAAAAAUGGUGUCAAUCGUUUUUGCUUUGUUUGUGCUGAAAAAAAGUUUCGUUUGAGCCGUUAUCUUUUUAAAAAAUAUUUAGACUAAUUUCGAGUGAUGCAGCCCCUUUAUUGCAAAAUGGACCCGAAAUGGAGCCAUUCGUUUAUGCUACGUUUGUGCUGGAUUUUUUUGUUUGUGCUGCUAUCAUUUUAUACAUAAUUCUUCUAAUUUUAUACAUACAGUAUUGAGAUAUUAAUUUCGUAUGAUGUUACCCGCAGCUUUACCGUAUCCAAGUUACUUCCACGGUUGACGGAGUAUACCAACUCUCUCAAAAACAGAGGGGUGUCCCACCAACUAGCGCAAAGGUAGCACAAACGAAUUCUCACAGUCAGACAUCCGGGCAUUAAUGACGUCACCAGCCACGACAAAGCGUCGCCAUAUUGAAAUAGGGGCAAAAGACAAGUCACAAGCAGUUUCUCUGUGGUGCAUUGUGAUACAAAUGCGUUGAACUUUCGUCUUAUUUGCGGUCUUUUUUCCGUCGGAAUGACUAAAAGUUGCUGUGUUGAGGGUUGUCACACAAGGAAGAGUUCGGAGCUGCAUUUGAAGUUCUUGAUUCUUCCUCGUGAGAAGAAAAGGAGAAACAAAUGCAAAGCAAUUAAUCGAGGAACAGUAAAAGAAGACUGUUCCGUGGGCUAAUCUCGCCUGUGGGACCUAAAUCCAAGCACAUUUACGUUUGCAGCCGACAUUUUAUUACUGGUGAGUAAACUUUAAUCGAUUUUUUUUUUUUUUGCCCCUAGUAGCUGCUAGGAUUCAAUAGGCAGUGGUUAUUAUUACCGUAACCGGCAAAUCGCAAAGCGUUAUUUUUCUUUUGCCGUGAAGUGCUCUGAUCAGUCAAUCGGUAUAUUAUUGGGAAUUGGUUAUUUUGCCGUGACGUGUUCACGGCUAAAUAACGCUUGGAGGCAAAUUACCGGUUACGGCAGAAAUAAUCACUUUGUAUAAACUACCAAUUUUCUCAGUUCCACACAGUACAUAUUUCACGUAAUUGAUAAUGGUCAACUUACUGGGUGACUUUAUGAGGUAGUUGUAGAUGUUUCCGAACUCCACUGCUGGCCAUUCCUUUGUUUAUCCAGCAAUCAGCUGUGACUUUGUAUGGGCAGAUUUGCAAGCCAAUACAUGGUAAUUUUAAAUUGUAUCGCCUCCUCACGUCUGUCGGCUGUGACUCGUGAUAAUAGUAAGCCACGUUUAAGACGUUUUCAUGAAAAAAGAUGCAAAACACACCUGAAAUAUAUGAAUUUCAGACGUUUCUCUACGGAAUGUUUAGCUGUGCGUGCCCCCCUCUCAAAAUGGCGACACGUUAAGCGAGGUGACGUCAUCGUGACAUCACGCCGACUUCCUCUAAGCAACCCCUUCCUGACCAUUUUGCAGUAAAUGGGGGGCUUGAGAUAUGUUUGUGCUUUGUGCUAGUUGUCGGGACACAUUUCUGUUAUUUAAAGAGUUGGUACGCUCCGUCAACCGCGGGAGUUGGAUACGGAAAAGCUGUGAGUACCGUUAUCGCCCGAAAUUAUUAAUACCUCAAUAUCAAUAAAACGAUAGCAGUACAAAUGACAAUUUUAACUGCACAAACCUACACUAAAUGUCACUAUUAUGGUUCCCUUCCGCUAAAGGUGGGGGCUGCGUGACGUCAUCACUCGAAAUUAAUACUGUAUCUCAAAAACAGCAUAAACAGUGGACACCAUUUUUAGCCAUUUUAAUCAAAUGGGUUGUUGACCUCACAUUGACCUACAAAAGAAUUGUAAAUAUCUUAAAAAAAGAUAGCAGCACAAACAGAACUUUUUACAGCACAAACGAUUGACAUCAUUUUUAUAUAAAUUUGCAUCUGAUCACACACAGCGGUCACUUCCUUUUGGUUUUGGGUCAUUUUUUAUCACUAGUUUGUUUAUUCAUUGGCUGCCAUUGAUAGCACGAGACGCCCAAUCCAUUUUGACUGGCAAGGGUCGAAUGUACGAAUGUGACUGAGUACUGAGAACGCAUAAGUGAGCCCAGUGCAGUUGUGCACAAAUGUCCGGUUUUGCGGCACCAAUGUCAAAAUAAAAGCAUGCAGUUCUAUAUGUAUAGUAUGAAUGAGCUACAAAUUGCCUGUCAGCAGAACGAGCCCGCGGGCCGAAUUGGACCUACUGGUGGGCUGCUUCCGACCUGCAAACCAUGCGUUUGACACCCCUGAUCUAAAGGACACUUGUAGUACAAUAGCAGUGUUAGGUGUUUAGCUCACUUAGGGCGAGACGUAGGGUAAAACUCUCAUAGCUCGUCAAUCAAUCGCUGGGUACAGACAACAAACCAUUUAAACUCACAAUUAUACAUAUGGACAAUUCAGUCUUAAGCUAACGUGCAUGGGAUUGGAAUGAGAAUUGCAAAAAAAAAAAAAGAUUAUAAAUCAAAACCACAGAACUGUGAUGCUAAGAAUAGUUGCGCUCUCAUUCAACACACAAGAUAAAAUGUUUCUAUUAGGGCUGCAGCUAUUGAUUAUUUUAGUAGUAGAUUAAUCGAUUAACUAGUUAGUUCGAAUAAUCGAGUAAUCGGAUAAGGAACGUGAAAAAUUAAAUUACCUUAGCUGAGCCUCAAACGGUAUUAAAAAAAAAAAAAAAAUCGAUGAGGAGCUAUGGUAAAUGGUGUUAUAUUUGUAUAGCGCUUCUCCAACUUUCAAGGCUCUCAAAGCGCUUUAGGGUUCAGUAUCUUGCUCAAGGAUACUUAGGCGAGUUCAUCAGGGCGGAGAAUUGAAGCCACAACCUCUGGGUUAGGGGACAACUACUCUACCACUGAGCCACACCACCCCUAUGUACAACAAAAGAACAGCAGAUGUCAAUUAGUUAAAAUGCUAACAUUUUUUUGUUUUGUUUUUGUUUACAAUGAUCUUAACAAAUGGUUCAGACACAUAUUACCACAAAAAACGGCUAAAUAUAUCUAGAAACUAAUUUACAAUGCAAAAACUUAGCUUACAUUGGUCUUAACAGGAAGCAGUUGGAUUCAGCCAUGUGAAAUGAGGCAAACCAGAGGGCAGUGUAUCCACCUUAAUAAAACUAAAUGCAAACACUUUCAAAAUAAACCAUCAACGCCACUUUAUUUAAACGAAUAUUCGAUGCAACAAAAUGUAAUUCGAAUAUUUUUUUUCGAACCGAAUACUCGAGUUAAUCGAUUAAUCGUUGCAGCGCUAGUUUCUAUUAAUGUGUUGACUGCAAAAUAAGACGUCUUGUAAUGCUAGCAGAAAAAGUCAAAAAUAUACGGGAAAAAAAUAGUAAUAUUAUAACAGGAAAGUCUUACGUCGUGAUAUUACAAGUAAAAAGUCGUAAUGUUACGAGAAAAAAUCAACAUGGUGAUGCACUUUACAUUUGUUAUUAAUGUACUCAAGCAUAAUGACAAAAAUAAGGAAGAGGCUAUUGUUAUAGGAGAAAUACUUUGGAUUCUGCUGUCAAAGUUGCUUAAAUGGCAAAAUCUUGUUUUUUUAAUAGUAAAAAAAAAGUUUUGUAAAAAAUAAAUAAAAUUGCCGUAUGUAUUCUUGCCAAAUAAACAAAAACAACAUUGGCUAACAUUAUGCUAACGGCUUAACCUGAAUUUGUACGAAAGCUCAGUCUGUUACUCACUGUGUAUUGCUGCAGUAGAAAGUCAGAAUGAUUAAAUAUUUGUUUGAAAGCCACUUCAAGGCCAUAAAUAUAUAGCAAUUGUAUGAAAAAGUCAUUCUUUUCUUAGCUAGCCUUCUAGUGCUAUUAGCACACAGUAGCUAAAAAAAAGUCACAUGACGUAAACCGAGGGUCUCCCCUAUUCAAUAUCUACACUAAAAGGUGAACGCUCACCACUAUUUAACUGAGAAGAAUACACAUGGAAAUAUCAGCGCGAUACGGUAAACCAUGUUGUGUUGGAAAUUUGCAAUUAGCAUUUUUGAAUAAUAACAAUAGGUGCUACUUUUUCAAUUAUGUUAUGUUGUGUUCUUGUUUUCUUAUAUGCUUACAUUUAGAGGGGAAUAUGAAAGGAUAGGAUACAACUAUUCGAAUAUAGAGGAAUGUGAAGUUAUGGCUGUUUAAUUGACAGUUUUUAUAGUGAACAUGUUUCAUUUUUGCUGAUGUAAUGUUUUGACUUUGACCCAUGAGGAUCACCACAAUAUUUUUGGGUGCUACACAUGGCAUCAUAACAUAUUAAUGUCCUUAUUUUUGAAUAUCUACACAUUCUAAAGCAGAAGAAAACAUUUUUUGUUAUUCAUUACAUGAUUACCGUAAUAUUCGGACUAUAAGCUGCUACUUUUUUUCCUUCAUUUUGAAUUCUGCGGCUUACAGUCCAAUGCGGCUUAUUUGUUGAUUUAGUUGGUUAAUAGGUAACACUUUUUUUUAAAGCGGUGCCAUAGGACUGUCAUAAGACCUUCGUAAUUAUGACAUGACACUAUCAUGGGCAUUCCUGAUUGCUUAUGACAGAUGUCAUUAAGUGUCAUCCGGCAAAUGAUGUCACUAACUCCAUUUAUGUCCAGCUCGGAUCUUUUACAUCCAUUCAAAAGUGAGAUCAGUUGCCGGAUAACACCAAUUGACAUCUGUUAUAAGCAUUCAUUAAUGCUCAUAACAGUGUCAUGUCGUAAUUAUAUGAUUGUGAAAUGACAGUCUUUUGGUGCCACUUUCAAAUAAAGUGUUACUAAAUACCAUAACUAGCAAUUAAUGAAACAACUGGAACAGUAACUGAAGAAAUAAUUAGCACAGAACAUGAAUUUUGAUUGUUAUUUACAUCUGUAGCGCUGCAAUGCAUGCUAGGAGGCAUGUUGGACAACAACAGUAUUGACAGCAGGUGGCAGCAGAGGUUGACUGACUCCUGGGUGGCGGCUUAUAGUCAGGUGCGCCUUAUAGUACAAAAAUUACGGUAUAUACAAUAAUACAGUAAUAGGCAUGUUGAAGCCACGGUUUUGUCUAACUCUUGCAGCCUUACCCAACAUACUAACCUUGAAAAACCUUUUAAGGAUUGAAUUCCUUUUUGUUGUAGGGCUUGUGACUGCCUAUGUAUUGUAAAGUACAAAGCUAUGAAUGUUUUUAGCGUGUUGAACACAAAAACAAGCGCCUGGCACACCAUUUUGAUAUGAUAACCACAUUAUGAAAAGUGUGAUGUGUUCAGGUAAUUCUAUCUGAAAAAAUGAGGUACAUUUCCCCCCAUAUUACCCAACUUUAAUUCCGGUAAAAAAAAAAAGAAAAGAAAAUCAAAGAUAAUAAGGUAAGACUAUUUCGAAAAUGUUCAAUGCUCAACAAGAUAUUUUUGUUUCACCCUUUGCACUUGUAAUCUUUUCGUGCCUCUGCAUUUUUGUUGUUGUGGGGGGUGGAAAUGUACUUUUGUAUUUAUUGUUGUUGUUUUACACAAUGAUACACAAUAUACUGUAUGAAUGACUCAUAUUUUGGAUUUGUUUUAUCUGUUAAACCGAUAGUUCCAUUGUCGCUCAUUGAAGACCUAUUGAUAAUAAAGCCUUAUACUGCA